AUGGGCAUGUUCAACAUUGACUGGCGUUCCAACGCCUGGGCCCUGGCGUACUGCGGGGUCUCGACCUUCGGCGCUCUUUGUUAUGGCUACGACCAGAUUUACUACACUGGCCUCCUGGGAAUGCGACCGUUCAUUGACGAUUAUGGCACGGCGACCGAUAGCAAAGGGCUCAAGGCCCUGACGACGUCCUUCAUGUCGCUCACUGCUUCCAUCAUUUAUGUCGGCGAACUCGUUGGCGCCCUACUUGCCGCUCCGAUCAACGAUCGCUGGGGUCGAAAGGCGGUGUUCUACUUCGCCUCUUCCUGCAUCAUCGCAGGGGCAAUUGUCCAGCUUACCGCCCGCGGUAUCGAAGGCCUCAUCAUUCUCGGUCGCAUUCUGAUCGGUCUCGGCGUCGGGCAGUUCACGGUCACCUGCUUGCUGUACAUCGGCGAGGUGGCUCCACUUGCGAUCCGGGGGCCUGCACUGAUGAUGUUCCAAUUCAUGCAGUCCUGUUCCCAACUUGUCGGCUCAGGCAUCACCCAAGGGACCGAGGCGAUUGCCAACAAGAACGCAUACCUGAUCCCGAUGGGUCUUUUGAUUCUUCUCCCUGGGCUGAUGAUCAUGGCAUUGCCGUUCACGCCAGAGAGCCCGACAUGGUACGCGACAAAAGGACGGCUACCUGAAGCCGAGAUAGCACUUAGGAAAAUCAACAAGAGUCACCGCGACUACCAACCUGCUUACGAUAUUCAAAUUUUAGACGAGGCGGUCAAGAGAGAAGCUGCCUACGCUGCAGAUUCUACCUGGAUUUCUCUUCUGCGAGACCCAAUCGAGCGACGCAAACUGAUCUACUCCUGCGGCGCCAUGGUUGCACAGCAAAUCAACGGCAUCCAGUUUUUCUAUUCCUAUGGUGUGGUUUUCGCGCAAUCAAUCGGCAUCAAAGAGGCCUUCACAAUUUCGCUUAUUACAAAUAUUCUACAGGUCAUCUCAGUUGCCGUUUCAGUUGUCCUUGGUAACAAAAUUUCACGUCGCAAGAAUCUCCUAAUUUGCACAGCCGGCAUCUUCGGGGCGCUUGUCGUUGUUGGAGGCCUGGGUUCGCAGAGAGCUCCGUUCUCCAACGGCACCAGCGCUGCCAUUGUGGUUUUCUCGUACAUCGUGAUCGUCUGCUUCAAUUUUUCGCUGGGUCCACUGGCUUUCACAAUCGCCUCGGAGAUGGCAGUGGGGCGCAACAGAAACAAGAUCAUGUCUUGCUCAAUCGUCUGUUUCUUCCUGACUGUUUGGGUCAUUGCUUUCGUUUCCCCUUACUUGUACUACGACGCGAACUUGGGACCCAUGCUAGGGUUUGUCUGGGCAGGGACGACCAUUAUCACGCUCACAUAUGUCUGGUUCUGUGUUGGGGAAACGACGGGCCGAAGCAACCUCGAACUCGAACGAUUUUUCUUGGAGAAGGUUCCGGUUCGGCAAUGGAAGAGGCACCGCUUCAUGGACGUGGCUGGUGCCGAGGAUCCCAAGUCCGUGGUCCAUGUGACUGAGAGAGAAACCCUUGGGAGUGGAAUGUCCUCUGCUGCUAAGUAG